AUGCAGCCGCCGCCCCGAAAAGUGAAGCCGGCCCAGGAGGUGAAGCUCCGCUUCCUGGAGCAGCUGAGCAUCCUUCAGACCCGGCAGCAGAGAGAGGCAGACCUACUGGAGGAUAUCAGAUCCUACAGCAAGCAGAGGGCAGCCAUUGAACGGGAGUAUGGGCAGGCACUUCAGAAACUGGCUGGGCCAUUCUUGAAGAGGGAAGGACACCGGAGUGGGGAGAUGGACAGCAGAGGCAGGAUGGUGUUCGGUGCCUGGCGCUGCCUGCUGGAUGCCACCAUGGCUGGGGGCCAAGCCCGGCUCCAGGCAUCUGACCGAUACCGUGACCUGGCUGGGGGCACGGGGCGGAGUGCUAAGGAGCAGGUGCUUCGGAAGGGAGCAGAGAACCUCCAGAGGGCACAGGCUGAGGUGCUGCAGUCUGUCCGGGAGCUGAGCCGAAGCCGAAAGCUGUAUGGGCAGCGGGAACGCAUGUGGGCCUUGGCCCAGGAGAAGGCGGCUGAUGUCCAGGCCAGGCUUAACCGAAGUGACCAUGGCCUCUUUCACACUCGGACCAGUCUUCAGAAACUCAGCACCAAGCUGUCUGCCCAAUCAGCCCAGUACUCCCAGCAGCUGAGAGCAGCCCGCAAUGAGUACCUGCUGAACUUGGUGGCCACCAAUGCCCACCUUGACCACUACUACCAGGAAGAACUGCCGGCCCUGCUCAAGGCUCUGGUCAGUGAGCUGUUAGAACACCUGAGGGACCCGCUGACCUCACUGAGCCGCACUGAGCUGGAAGCUGCAGAGAUGGCCCUGGAGCAUGCUCGCCGCGGGAGGCAAGCAACCUCCCAGGUAAGCUGGGAGCAGGAUCUGGAGCUUUUUCUUCAGGAACCUGGAGUGUUUUCCCCCACCCCACCUCAGCAGUUUCAGCCAGCAGGGAAUGAUCAGGUGUGUGUCCUGGAGCUGGAAGGGGGUGCAGGAGGUGUGGCGGGGGAGAGUGGCCUGGAGAAAGAAGUUCAACGCUGGACGAGCCGAGCUGCCCGAGACUAUAAGAUCCAGCAUCAUGGGCAUCGGGUGCUGCAGCGGCUGGAGCAGAGGCGGCAGCAGGCUCCAGAGCGAGAAGCUCCAGGCAUAGAACAGCGGCUGCAGGAAGUAAGGGAGAGCAUCCGAAGGGCACAGGUGAGCCAGGUGAAGGGGGCUGCCCGACUGGCCCUGCUGCAGGGGGCUGGCCUGGAUGUGCAGCACUGGCUGAAGCCAGCCAUGACCCAGGCCCAGGAUGAGGUGGAGCAGGAGCGACGGCUCAGCGAGGCCCGGCUGUCCCAGAGGGACUUCUCUCCCACGGCUGAGGAUGCUGAGCUGUCUGACUUUGAGGAAUGUGAGGAGACUGGGGAGCUCUUUGAGGAGCCCGCCCCCCCAGCCCUGGCCACCAGGCCCCUCCCCUGCCCUGCCCAUGUGGUGUUUGGCUAUCAGGCAGGACGUGAGGACGAGCUGACCAUCACAGAGGGCGAGUGGCUGGAGGUCAUAGAGGAGGGAGAUGCCGACGAAUGGGUCAAGGCUCGGAACCAGCACGGUGAGGUAGGCUUUGUCCCUGAGCGCUAUCUCAACUUCGCGGACCUCUCCUUCCCUGAGAGCAGCCGUGACAGCGACAACCCUUUGGGGGCGGAGCCCACAGCGUUCCUGGCCCGUGCCCUGUACAGCUACACUGGACAGAGUGCCGAGGAGCUGAGCUUCCCUGAGGGGGCGCUCAUCCGCCUGCUGCCCCGGGCCCAGGAUGGAGUGGAUGACGGCUUCUGGAGGGGAGAAUUUGGGGGCCAUGUUGGGGUCUUCCCCUCCCUGCUGGUGGAGGAGCUACUUGGCCCCCUAGGGCCAUCUGAACUCUCAGACCCUGAGCAGAUACUGCCAUCCCCUUCCCCUCCCAGCUUUUCCCCUCCUGCACCCACCUCUGCUGUGGAUGGAUCCCCUGCACCUGUCCUGCCUGGUGACCAAGACCUGGACUGCCCUGGGUCUCUGGAUAUGAUGGCACCUCGACUCAGGCCGAUGCGUCCACCGCCUCCCCCGCCGGCUAAAGCCCCAGAUCCUGGCCACCCAGAUCCCCUCACCUGA